ACAAAUCCUAGAAAUGCGCCUGAACGAAAAGACCAAAAUCCUGGGCCGCAGGACCAUCCUGGUGCCCUACGAAGCCCGCCACGUGCCGAAGUACCACGACUGGAUGAGCAACGCGGAACUGCGCCAGCUGACCGCCUCCGAGGAGCUGACUUUGGACGAGGAGUAUGCGAUGCAGCGGAGUUGGCGGCAGGACGACGACAAGCUCACCUUCAUCAUCCUGGAUGCGGAGCUCUAUGCCCGCGACCGGGACGAAAUAUCCGCCAUGGUGGGCGACACCAAUCUCUUCCUGCACCAAGAUCCGGAUACCGAUCAGCGGGUGGCCGAGGCGGAGAUCAUGAUUGCGGAACCGGAGGCGAGGGGCAAGGGAUUCGGCCGGGAGGCCAUGCUCCUCAUGCUCAAGUACGCCCAGUUGCAGUCCCACCUGAAGCUAGACAAAUUCGAAGUCAAGAUCGACAUGGAUAAUACUACAUCCCUGCAUUUAUUCGAGAGUUUCAGGUUUGUGGAGACUGCUCGCGUGGAGGUCUUCCACGAGGUCACCCUGGAGCGACCCAUCACUGCGGAUUGGACCAGCUGGCUGGACCAACAGGUGGAGCCACGAAUUGAAAGCUAUUAGGGGAAUAAUUUCUAGACUUGUUCAACUGCAUUUGACAAUAAAAUAUUCACAUU